UAUUUUGGGUUGGUCGUCGUCGUUGGUUAAUUUCUGAUCGUUUAAAAAAUAUAAAAAGAAUGAGGACGAGUUAAUUAGAGGAAAAAAUCGUAGACACACUUUAUCUAAAAUAAAAGUGCAUUCACACAAAAUAUACCAGAAAUAGCAAUAUAGUACUGAAGUCGUAGUUGAGGAUAUACAAUUUUGGAAAUAUUUAUUAGCAAACUGAAACGCUUAAGAAGAUAGAUGCAAUAAUAGCAGCGAUUUGAUAAAGCAAGCGUAACCACCUAUAACGAACCAGUGAAUAGAGGCUGUUUCAAUAAAAUAUAUACACCGAUGAAUAGCCUUUCCACCAGUGGAGCCGCAACUACUGCCACACCCUCUUCAGAUGAGGCCGGAGGUGGUGGUGCAGAUGCUGAUGCUAGUUCGCGGCGCCAAGCCACACGAGUAUUUAAGAAGAGUUCAUCUAAUGGUAAGGUCACAGUGUACCUAGGAAAGCGCGAUUUCGUCGAUCACGUUACACAUGUCGAUCCAAUCGACGGUGUAGUCUUCAUCGAUCCCGAGUAUGUGAAAGAUCGCAAAGUUUUUGGACAAGUACUUGCCGCCUUUCGGUAUGGUCGUGAAGAUUUGGAUGUGCUUGGCCUGACUUUUCGCAAAGAUCUGUAUCUAGCGCAUGAACAAAUAUAUCCGCCACAACAAAAUGAGCGGCCAUUGACAAGAUUACAAGAGCGGCUUAUAAAAAAAUUGGGACCAAAUGCAUAUCCUUUUUACUUUGAAGUUCCUCCGUACUGUCCGGCAUCAGUGUCGCUACAACCAGCUCCCGGCGACACCGGCAAAUCUUGUGGCGUGGACUACGAAUUAAAAGCCUUUGUUGGCGAACACAUCGAUGAUAAACCGCAUAAACGCAACUCUGUCCGUUUGACCAUACGCAAGGUUAUGUACGCACCGUCCAAGGUGGGCGAGCAGCCAUCCAUCGAAGUGAGCAAAGAGUUUCUGUUGAAACCGAAUAAAAUCCACCUAGAAGCCAGUUUGGAUAAGGAGCUCUAUCAUCAUGGUGAGAAGAUAUCCGUCAAUGUGCAUAUAGCCAACAAUUCGAAUCGCAACGUAAAGAAGAUUAAAGUUUGUGUCCGUCAAUUCGCCGACAUUUGCCUUUUCUCGACGGCGCAGUACAAGUCGGUGGUGGCGGAAACCGAAUCGGAGGACGGUUGUCAGGUGCUGCCCGGUUUUACGCUGUCGAAAGUGUUCGAACUGUGUCCACUGCUUGCCGACAACAAGGACAAGUGGGGACUCGCGCUCGACGGCCAGUUGAAGCACGAGGAUACAAAUCUGGCGUCCAGCACGCUCAUAACGAAUCCGGCACAACGCGAAAGUCUUGGCAUCAUUGUACACUACAAGGUGAAAGUUAAACUGCUCAUCAGUGGCGCUUUAAUGGGCAAUGAUUUGGUCGCUGAAUUGCCAUUCACGUUGAUGCAUCCCAAGCCAGAAGAGGAGGAUAAUCCACUAUUAAUGGAUAAGUCGCCGCGUCAGAGCCUACGUGAUGGUGGCUUGUCAUUGGAAGCUGUUGGUACCGGCAAUGGUGUUAGCGAGGCGCAGCCCGAAGAGGUGCCCACAACCAAUUUGAUACAAUUGGACGAGGAUGAUUCACAAGAUGAUGACAUUAUCUUUGAGGAUUUCGCACGGCUCCGGCUAAAGGGCGCCGAAACUGAGGCCUAGACAAAGGAACAGCUGUCAUGGCGCUGCGUUGAGCCGACAUUGAUCAUUUAGAAUGCUUAAAAGUAACAUAUAAAUUGGUUUGGUAUACGUAAAAUGGAUCCAUAUAUAUAUGUGUGUUGCGAAGUGCGCACUGAUGUCUGCAUUUUGCAAAUUUGUAUCCUUAUAAUUGCCAAUUUCUUUAUUUUUGGUUUUUUGAUUUUUUUUUUUUAAUUACAUACACAUGUACGAGUCGUUUGCCAAGUAGAAACAAAGUUAUUUUGUAAAGUUGUGGAAUUAAAUUGAAUAUUUCUUAGUAACUAAGUUUAGUAAUGUAAGUUGAAAGCGUAAUAAUUGUGCAAAAUGGAUGUUUAACAUCCCAAAAGUAAAAUUUGAAUGAUAUUGGAUAUUGCUAAAUUGUUACUACUGCUGAUACUGAAACUGAACUAAGGCAUUUUGGUCAAAUUUUUGAAUAAUUGAGAUUAAGAGUCGUGUAGAAGCAAAUAACGAAAAACGAAACUGUCAUCGCGCAAAAAGCAAAAAGCUAAAAACAUGCAUUUUAAAUGUAUUUACUACUUUUUAACAUAUUAUAUUUUUCUUUAUAUUAUUAUGGAAUUUUAUUUUAGUGCUAUUACGUACAUACUACAUGCAUAUAUGCUUAUAAACUUACGAAAAUACGCGUGUUUAUUUUUUAUAUAUGUAUGAGCUACAAAGGUUUGCAAUUUUAUAAAAGAAAAAAUCCUUUUUUAACGGCUUUUAAAUAUAUUUAUUUAAAUAUGUUGAUAACAAAGGUAGUACAUAUUGAUGUUGUUGAUGUACAUACAUAUAUGCCACAGCAACAAUAUAAGCUUUAAUUGUAAAAAUACAAAUAAUAAUUGUAUACCUGUUGAAGGAUUAAGAGAGAGUGGAGUGGAGUG